AUGUCCUCGUCUAAAGAGCUCACCUCCUCUCGUCGGGUUACGCCCCUGAACGACGUCAACUAUGCCCAAUGGGCGAAGGAGAUGCGGGCCUACUUGGCCGAGAACAAGCUCUGGUUCAUAGUCAUCGGAACCAUCAAGGAGCCGAGUGCAGGGGACCCGGAGCACAUCACCUACCUCGAGAAGUCGGCUCAGGCCGCUGGGGCCAUGUUCCUUGCUGUUGAUGCGUCGCAGCAUAAGGUGUCUGGGGCGCGUUACAACGCUCUGGACGCUGUUUUCGCCGUCAGAAAGCAGCCUGACGAGUCCUUGCCUUCCCUGGCCUCCAGGGUGGACACCCUCGUUCAGACCUUCAAGGACUUGUGCCCGGACAGCUACACGCUCGAGCAGCUGCUCGCAGAUCUAGCUGCCAUGUCCAUGCUUCGAUCCCUGCCCCAGGAGUAUGACUCCUUCACUUCAGGUCUCAUUCAGCGGGAUGCCACCAAGUCUGAGAUCGUUCAAGCCUUCGUGCGGGAGCAUCAGACGCGGAACGGCCGCCAGGAUGGUUCUGCCUCCGCAGAAACCCUUGCCAUGCGCGUUGCAACGCCUACAGCUAGCAAGGCGGACCUCCUGUGCGAUUUCUGCGAGAUGAAGGGUCAUGACGAGGAGCACUGCUUUGCCAAGCGCGAUGCGCGCUCUGCUGCUCGUCAGAAGGCUGCCGAAAGGCGCCAGAACCGCCGGAACAACAAGAAAGGAGGCUCACAGCACGCCCAGGAGGCUGCUGCAGUCCCCAACUCCACUCAGGCCAUCUCUAUGGCUUAUGCCGUGGAGCACGCCCUUGACACACAGGCGCCACUUGUCAUAUGA